AUGUCUGGCAGCGGGGCACGCGAAGCCGUCUUCGCGACGCGGCAGUCGCUGAGUCUCAUGAAGAGCAAGCUCAAGGGCGCUCAGACUGGCCACGAUUUGCUCAAGCGAAAGAGCGAGGCCCUGACCAAGCGUUUUCGAGAAAUCACACGCCGCAUCGAUGAGGCCAAGCGCAAGAUGGGCCGGGUCAUGCAGGUUGCUGCAUUCUCCCUCGCUGAAGUCACAUACGCCGUCGGCGGCGACAUAGGCUACCAGAUCCAGGAGUCGGCAAAGCAAGCUCGGUUCCGCGUACGGACAAAGCAAGAAAACGUCUCGGGUGUCUUCCUCCCGCAGUUCGAGAGCUACACCGAGGACAGCAACAACGACUUCGCACUGACAGGUCUGGGCAAGGGUGGUCAGCAGGUGCAAAGGUGUAGAGAGACAUAUGCAAGAGCCGUCGAGACAUUGGUGGAACUGGCCAGUCUGCAGACCGCCUUCGUUAUAUUGGACGAGGUUAUCAAAGUAGUCAACCGCCGUGUCAACGCAAUCGAGCAUGUCAUCAUCCCCCGCACGGAAAACACCAUCAAGUACAUCAACUCCGAACUGGACGAGCUGGACCGAGAAGAGUUCUACCGCCUCAAGAAGGUUUCGGGCAAGAAGCAGAGAGAUGCUGCCGUUGAGGAAGCUGCGCGGUUGGAGGCGAAGCAGGCUGCGGAGGCCAAAGAAAGUGCCAAAGACAAUGCCAAAGACAGUGCCAAAGCAGAUGCAGCCGAGAGCAAAGACCUGCUGGGAGACGAGGACAAUCAGGACGUCAUCUUCUGA